AUGGAAACUUCUUAUAUGAGAGUAUGUCAUCGUUCAGACCCAAAUCUCUCAAAUUGUGUCCGCCAAUCGGUGGAAGAAUUGAGACCAAAAUUGAGAGAAGGUUUACCAGAAUUAAAUUUACCAUCUUUGGACCCACUUUACAUACCAAAACUGACCAUGAACAACAUUGAAGGAGCUCUCAGUUUGAAUUCAGAAUUUAGGAAUAUUACAGUGAGAGGUCCUAGCAAUUUUGAGAUCGCCAGAGUCGAUGUAGACCCAGAAAAAUUACGGAUACAACUUGACUUAAAAUUUCCACGACUGGAUUUGGAAGCAAGAUAUUUCCUUAACGGUAGAAUCUUAAUUCUGCCAAUACAAGGCUCAGGACCAUGCACUGGAAAUUAUUCCAACAUUACUGCAAAUGCUGUCAUGCAAGCUGAGAAAGUAAAAAUUAAUGGUGAGGAUUAUUUGAAGGUGAAAGAUAUUAAAAUCGAUUUUGAUAUUGGUGGAGCAAAGAUUGAUUUGAAGGAAUUGUUUGGUGGAGAUGCAAAAAUGGGUGAAGCAAUGAAUCACUAUCUAAAUGAGAAUUGGCGUUCAGUUGCAAGUGAAUUUAGACCAGCCUUGCAAAAGGCAAUUACUGGUCUAGUAAGAGGUGUCGCCGAAAGAGUAUUUUCAGCUUUUCCUUAUGAUAUGUUACUGCCAAAGAUUAUGAAAUUGUAUGUGGCACUAUGUCUUGCAUUUCUGCAAGUUUUAGGAACCACCGGGGAAAUGGUCAUCGAGAAUCGUAUGCCUCUACUAAAAUCAAAACCUGACUGGCUUGGAGUAUGCCAAAUGUCCAAUCCAAACAAGGACGACUGUUUCAAAAAUCUUUUUGAAGGAAUGUUCCCAGCGUUGUCGAGAGGUAUUCCAGAAAUAGGUGUAGCUAGUUUCGAGCCUCUGCACAUCGACGGAGUGAUGGUGUCAAGGGGAUCAGGCGGCCUGGCCCUAUCAGGCGGCUUCCGUGACCUGCAGGUCGGCGGUCCCAGCAAUGCCACCGUACAAAGAGCAAGCAUUGACUUUGUUACAAGGCAAAUGAACUUCGACCUAGCAAUUCCCAAAUUGAAAAUCGAUGCCAAGUACAGCCUAAAAGGCAACAUCCUGCUCCUUCCAGUGGUGGGCAAUGGUGAUGCCAGGUUGACCCUACGAGAUGUCAUGACCAGUGUCAGUACAAAUUUCAGUUUGGUUGAGAGCGAACCUGGUAGACAGGUCCUCAACAUCGACACAAUGAAAGUUACUUUCAUUGUUGGAGGAAUGCGUAUACAUCUUACGAAUUUGUUCAAUGGAAACGAAAUUCUAGGUGCAAGUUUGAAUCUGUUUUUGAACCAAAACGCCAUGGAAGUUAUCUCCGAACUAAGAAGUGAUCUUGAAAGUGGUUUAGCUGAUAUUUUCAAAGCCUUAUGGAACAACGUUUUCUCAAGACUUCCUUUAGAUUUAUGGACAAUUCCUUGA